AUGUGCAGAGCCCGAAGAAUCAAGUGCGAUGAGACGAAGCCAACCUGCAACCAAUGUGCCAAAUCCAGGAGACAAUGCCCCGGAUACAAGGACGAGUUUGAUCUCGUCUUUCGCAAUGAGACACAGGCUACUGAAAGAAGAGCACGCAAAGCCAACAAGAAAGCGUCAGCCCAAAAGCCAGGCAAAUUAGGCUCUCAAACAGCUACCAGGGCCGUCGUCAUCCACAAGCCAGCACCCGACCAGUCUAUCUUGUCAACACUCCAGCUUCCGGUUGAGCAACAGGCUACUUGCCAUUUUCUGUCAAAUUUCGUUCUCCUUCCUGCUCAUGAUCACACGCGCGGAUGGAUGGAAUUCGUUGUCCCUCUUCUUAAGGCCGAUCAGAAAAAACCAGCUCCCCAUUUCAGACUGGCUUUCGAAGCCUGUGCCUUGGCUUCUCUCGGUAACCGCGUUGGUCCUGGAUGCGACUUUGAAACCAAAGCUCUGGGACACUAUACCCGAGCACUUUCCGCCACAUUCGUCGCUCUCAAAGACCCUGCCCUGAGCAAAGAAGAUUCUACCUUGGCCGCUGUGCUUCUCCUUGGACUAUUCGAGAAUAUCAGUGCAAAGCAGCUGGGAAUGCUUGCUUGGGGUUCCCACAUCGAAGGAGCCAUCAACCUGGUCAAAUCUAGAGACAAGAGGCAGAUAAAAACAAAAACUGGUCUCGCUCUUUUCGUGGCCACACGAACGCAAAUGAUCAUUCACACAUUGACCACGGGCACAGCCCCGGCUAUGGGAGUUGAAUGGUGGAUCACAGAUAGCGUUAACAACCACUUCGGAGCUGAAUGCCAGCGACUCAACAUUCGCACAGCAGAACUCAGGGCUGAGUCUAAUCGCUUGAUGGCAACUUUGAGCCGGAGUCCCGAGAACAUCGAAAUGUUGCUCGAUAUCAUUCGUCGUUGUCAAACACUUGACCAACAGCACGCGGCCUGGGCAAAUUCUCUGCCCGAGUACUUUCACUACAAGUCUGUGGCAUGGGAGGACAAUGUGCCUAACGGCAACUACGGCUUGGCUGAGGUGUUCCCAGGUCGAAUCGACGCCUAUCAAGAUCUCUGGGUCGUUAGUGUCUGGAACCUGAUGCGUUGCUCACGUAUUAUUCUAGCCUCUCUCAUCGUUCGCUGUGCUGCUUGGGUCUGCGCUCCCGUUGACUACCGAACAACUCCCGAGUACGCAACAGCAGCAAGGACAUGCGUCGAUAACAUCACGGAUAUCAUUUCCUCAGUCCCAUACCAACUGGGAUGGUUUAGCAACCGCAGAGAGCUCCUUGAGAGAGCCAAUCUAUCCGCAUUCGGGUGUGGGGAGGAAGAUGCCCUCAAGGGUCUACCAGGUUAUUUCCUGACUUGGCCCCUGACCUGUGUCCAGGGUCAAGACUACACGACUGAUGCGCAAAGAGCAUGGGUCAAAGGCCGCCUUGAAUUCAUCGGUUCCCAUCUCGGCGUCAGAUAUGCCCACGUUCUCCGUCAACUCAACAUUCGCGUUCCGUCAAUGCUUAUCCGCCGAGACGGCUUAAUGGCCAACCCAUACCCUGGCGCAUACAAUUUUGAAAAGCUGUUGUCGUCCAAGACGGCGCCCGCAAUGGCAGGAUAUACUUUAAAUCCGAUUCAACAACACGACGCCAUGCAAAAAGAGCGGGUCCAUUACCAGAAGCACGACUUGUUGAGUAAGGCGCGCGGGUCCUUGAAUAACGAAGAGAGGGUGGCGCAAGGUCUGCUGCAGCUUUAG